ACGACGUCACCACAAUGGCCCGGAAUUUCCUCCUCGCCAGAUCUGGCGCAUGCGCACAUCGAAAAAGAAUGCGGACGUCGCAGCUCUCCCAAUAUUAAAUUGUUUGAUGGCCAUAAUUUGAUAAAUCAUGUCGAAAGCACCAUCUCAGGCCGGUUCUUCGAGUGCCGCGGCCAACCUGGGACCUUCAUCGUCCUCCUCCUGCUCCUCACCCUCGGCAGGUGGCACGACGUCCCCCGCUAACGUGCUGCACGCACAGCCCGAGAAACCCCAGCACUACACGUAUCUGAAAGAGUUUAGGACAGAGCAGUGUCCCUUAUUUGUGCAGCACAAGUGCACUCAGCACCGGCCCUUCACCUGCUUCCACUGGCACUUCCUGAACCAGAGACGACGGAGGCCGAUCCGCAGACGAGAUGGAACGUUUAAUUACAGCCCUGACGUGUACUGUGUUAAAUACGACGAGGGCACGGGGACAUGUCCCGACGGAGAUGAGUGUCCGUUUCUGCACCGGACAGCUGGGGACACAGAGAGGCGCUAUCACCUGCGGUACUUUAAGACUGGUUCCUGUAUCCACGAGACUGAUGGGAAGGGCCACUGCAGUAAGAACGGCCCUCACUGUGCCUUUGCUCACGGCUCCCAUGACCUCCGUAGCCCCGUCUAUGACAUCAGAGAGGUUCAGGUGUUAGAAGCCCAGUCUGCUACUGGAUUGGUUGAGGGAACAUCUGGAGAAGGGCAGUCAGGAGUCGUGGCCAGCACUGCACUCAUAGAAAAGAUCCUGAGUGAAGAUCCACGCUGGCAAGACAACAGUUUCGUGCUUUCCCACUACAAGACUGAGCUUUGCAAAAAACCUCCCCGGUUGUGCCGUCAGGGCUAUGCAUGUCCCUACUAUCACAACAGCAAAGACCGCAGGCGGAGCCCUCACAAGCACAAAUACAGAGCCCUGCCGUGUCCCUCAGUGAAGCACAGUGAUGAGUGGGGGGACCCGAGUAAAUGUGAGAGUGGAGAAAGCUGUCAGUACUGCCACACGCGGACAGAACAGCAGUUCCACCCGGAGAUCUAUAAAUCCACAAAAUGCAAUGACAUUCAGCAGAGUGGCAACUGUCCGAGAGGGCCGUUCUGUGCUUUUGCUCAUUUAGAAAAAGUGACUGUCAGUGAUGAGCAGCUGGCCGCACAAUGCAGUUCACCUCCUUUUGAAACUUUCUGCUCUGCUUCCUUAGAUGACUUCAAUCAGAGUGGGCUGAAUGCCACCACAGAGGAAGGGCUGCUGGGAAGGAUUCUUUUUGAGGAGUCCUCCAGUCUCGAUGCCAGUCCAGGAGGAGAGGGGGGUUAUGGGAAAGCCCCUGGGUUUGAGAGGGAAGACCAGGCCAGACAUAGAAGUUUUUCAAUGGAGCAGCGCAGCAGAGACAUUUCAUCCAUGCACAGCAAACAGGAUUUGUUGGUGUUUCUGCCCGUCGGCAGUCCUCUCAGUAUGUCCUCCAGCAUACCUUCCAGUCUGGCAGCCACCCCACCCAGCCCUGCGCCCCCCGGCCUGUCUUCAGGCAUGAACGCCAACGCUCUUCCCUUCUACCCUACAAGUGACACGGUGGAGUCUGUAGUGGAGUCUGCAUUGGAUGAUCUAGACCUGAAUGACUUUGGAGUCUCGGCUCUUGAGAAAAGUCUGGAGAGUUCAGCUUUACCCAGCAUGGGCCUCAUGUUAGGAGGCAGUCAGUUGCAGAGUUCAGCACCUGUGAACAUUCCUGGCUCCCUCAGUAGCCCCUCCCCUUUCAGAUCGCCCUCACCUUCUCCACCAAUCAGAGCCCACCACUCUCCAUUCCUCUCUGCACAGUUGCCACAACCCAGCCAAUCAGAGAGCAGCUUUUUGGGGACCUCCCAUGGUUCUUUAGGUUUAAAUGGCAUGAGCAGCAGUAUUUGGGAACAUUUUCCGACAGGCCAAAGUUCGCCAGGUACCCCUCCUGCCCUGCUUUCCACAGGGAGCAUGUACAACGAGGCGUCACGUCUCAAACAGGAAGUGGAGGAGGCACACAGGGUGCUGAAACACUGGGACCACAGCUGGAGACAGAUGGCUCAGUCAUUGGCGGUUCUAAAAGCAGACGCAGAGGACACUCGUCUCUUGGCGGGACAGCUGGGUAUGGAAGCGGAGCGAGCGCGGCGGGCUGAAGUGGAGGCGCAACAGCAAGCCGCUUUCCUGGAGGAGGCGCUAGAGAGCCUACGGCACGCAGAAAACCCACAUCUCCAGCUUCACCAGCUCCAGUUACUGCACAGACUUCCACUGAGCUCCGUCUGCAGCCUGCAGGCACAGCUCUGCUCCUGCUUGCGCACUGUAGAACAGGCUGUGUUCAGGAAGCAGAGAUUAUAUUGUGUAUCUUGCGAUGAGAUGGGAUCAGUGACGUUGCCAUGCCAACAUGGCCUGCACUGCGAACGAUGCGCAGCGUCGACAGAAUGCCCGCUGUGCACCGAACACCAGCAGAGCAUGAAUAUCCCGCAGUCAUAAUCCUGAUCUGCUAUAAUCCACACACUAGACACAAACUCACUGGAUCUCAUUCAGAUUUCACUCAAAUUCUCAUUACAACUACGGCUAACACCCAAAGCCUUAUCUUAGCUAAAAGCUGAGGCUUAAUUGAUAAAUAUGAUCUAGUUUGAUUAUUAUUGACCAUAUCAAUAAGACAUGCCAUGCCAUAUCCUUUACAUUAGCAUGCAGUCAGUUCUAGACCUCAAUGGGACUAUUCUAUUUUCAAAAAUUACUAGAGAAACUAACAUCCAUCAGCAGUUUGUGAUAUUUUCAUGUUUAUUGUGGGGAUAAAACAUCACAGAUACAGUAUAAUAAUAUGCUUAUGUUAUGUCUCAUUGUAAUCAUUUUCCAUGUCUUUUAAAUGGGAACAGAGCAAAUAUAACUUGUAUUAGUAUUCAGAUCUGGUCUAGCACUAAUAAUUUAGUUAGUGCUUACAUGACAACACAUUAAGAGAUUUUAAGUGAAGAUUAUGAUACCAAAAUUCCAUAUUCCCUGUAUGCUUUAUAUAGAAGCAUAACACAUACACAUAUAUAUAGUAAGACAAUCCUAUUCUUUUUUUUUCUUUUUUUUUAAACACGUUUAAAUUGAAAUGCGGAAUGUCUUUCCAGAACAUUCUGAAAUGUUUACAGAAGAAAUGCAGUUUGUGCAUCUUCAGUGCAGCUGAAAUGAUUUUUGUUUUUUCCAGAUGGGGAGAUUUCGUAAUUAAUACAGAUUUUAGGAUAGUUAGUAGCUAUAUAGAAAAUUUACAAUUACAUUCAUAGGAUUUUUUAUGGAGAAAUUCAAGGGAACUGCUAUACAGCAAAAUGGAAAAUAAAUACGGUUUUGCAGCUUUUUGUUCUCAGGGUUUUUUUUUUUCUUUUUUUUUUUUUUAGGAGUCUUGGUAAACUGGAGUGCAAGAGUCAGAAGGCAAACAUUCUUUUUAAUGUAAUUCCUAUGAUGUGCAUAUUUUAUUUAAUGCAUUGAAUGAAUAAUUAACCUGUUUACUAAACCAACAGCACGUUCCCAACUGCAGCUUUCCAUUCACAUAGAUGCGUUUUAUAUGAACACAUGUCUGACACCAGUGGAGAAGACAGUAAUUCACGUGCACUGAUUAGGAAACAUGAGAGCAUAAGCUACGGCUGUGGAAGAGGGCUUGACGUCAGUGUUUCAAUUUAUUUCGAUGAUUUAAUAUGAAUUCAGUUUGAAGGCACAGUUAUAUGGGAUGCUCAACAGCUGACUUCCUUUGAAACAGAGCUUCACUGUGAAUUCAGAAAUCACCUGCUCAGUUUUGUUCAUAUACAGUGUUUCAGUCUGAUUUUGUAAGAGACAAUAAACAAAUGUAUAUUUUUGGAUGAAAA